AAUCUUUCUAUCUCUGGACUCUGAUGAUAUGAAACAUUUCUUAGCAGCGUGUCCACCGACUACACGCUCCUAAAUUGCGUCAAUUACAUGUCUUCUCUUUCAACUUUCUCUCCCUCGAAACUUCCUUUUUUUCGUUCAAGUUUCACUCUCUUUCCCUUCACUUUUCUUCAGUCUCAAUACAUUUACUCCUUUCUCUCUCCUUAUAACUUAGGCGUAUACACUUCACCAAAUCCCUAGAUCUACAACCUUCACAGAUCCAUCAAUGGCGCUUCAAUGGAAAACAACACCCCUCUUCAUCUCUCUCCUCCUGCUCUCACUGCAUUCUCACCUAACGCUCUCAACAGAUCCACCCGCUUCUUCUCCUUCUCCAUCUUCAGACACCACCAAUGCCGCUGAUUCUCACCCUCCUUCGCCUUCCCCGAUCGCUCUUCCUCCUUCUUCUGAUUCCAACAUUCCUUCACCACCUUCAUCUUCACCUCCUGCUCCUUCUCCAACUACCGACGCUGAUUCUCCAUCACCGGAUAAAUCUUCUGAUUCUGAAAAUCCAACGUCUCCAUCCCCUUCUCCUGCCUCGGAUUCAGCAGAUGUGGUUGCCAAAAUGGAGAGUGAUAAACAGAAAGAAUCUUCUUCCGGUGGAAUGAGCGGUGGACAUAAAGCUGGAAUUGCAAUUGGAGUGAUUGUGGUUGCAGCUGCAGUGUGUUUUGCUGGAUGGAUUUACAAGAAACGUCAGGAUAAUAUUCGCAGGACUGAGUAUGGGUACAAUACCAGGACUACUAUGAUCUGAACCAGGAAUUGCUUUAAGCUUUUUAUCCUUUUAAUUUCAAUUUAAUGUUUCAUUAUUUUAAAUUUUGGAUGAUUAUAAUACUUUAGGAGAUUUUUAUUAUUGUACUAGAUUGGGGGAGUAAUAUAGGGAUUAUAUAUGAUUCGAUUCGAUUCUAUUCUUGGAUAAUGAUUAGUGUUGAAUAAACGGUGCUACUUUAUAAUUAUUGUAAUGGAUCAGGCGAAUUAUUAAGGAACAGAUAGUCAAAUAUUAUUCCUUUUUUUCAGAUUAAUGUGUAUACUCUGCUUUUUAUUUACAAUCAUAAUUUCACUGUUUCUUCCAUUUGAUUAUUGUUAUAGAGUAUUCAUAUGUAUUAAAUUUAAAAUGUAAUCAAGGUCGUUUUAACUUAUGUACUCCUUUCUUGAAUGUCAAUUUAACACUACAAUUUACAACGAA